AUGAAUAUAUGGCCUUUUUUUAUACUUAAAAAUCCAUAUAUUUCAUCUAUACAAGUGCAUUCUUUCCAUAGAUCUAUACCAAGUCUUCAGGAUGAUAAAGGGGGUUAUAAGAAUCCUUUUCAUGUCUUUAUAGAUACAGUUAAAUCAGAACUUGAAAAAUCAAAAGAGUUUCAAGAAUCUGUUAAAGCACUUCAAGAUAAGUCAGGAAGAUUAGGUGAAUCUGAGGCAUAUAAGAAGGCAGUUGAAGCGUAUAAUGUGGCUAAAAAAAGUGCGGAUGUAGCAGGAAAUAUUUCUAAUCAAACUUUGAAAAAAGCUGGUCAAAUAAUUGGAGAUAGUGUAGUUGCAGCAUGGGAAAGCGCACCUAUUAAAUUAGCAAGAAAGGGGACUUCUAUGACAGCAAAUGCAAUUUCAGCUGCAACGGAUCCUAUCAGGAAAAAUAAAAUUUAUAAAUCGGUUACUGAGUCUGUUAAACAAGCGAUUCAUGACGGAGAUAGUUCUCAUUAUGCAGGGUAUAUAGAUAAAAAGACACGAAGACAAGUAAGAAAAUCAAAAAAUAAAGAAAAUAUUGGAUCAGACCAAAAAAUGUUUAAGGAAAAUCCAAAUACGGAUCUUAAAAUAAUUAUAUACAAGGACUCUGCUUGGAAAGAAUCAUGGAGAAGAUUUAGAAAUAAUGCAUGGAUAUUUAAUUAUUUUGAUAAUUGGCAACGACUAUUUUAUCGUUCAGAAAAUCCGGUGAUUGAAAUGACAAAAGCUAUAUUGACAAGUAUAAAAAACGUUUGGUAUAAACUUUUUUCGGAAAACGAAGCGGCAAAAGUGGCUCGACUUCUUAAAAAUAUAGAUCCAAGUUUUCGGAUAGAAUCCUUUUUACAAGAAUUAAGAGAAUAUAUACUCCCUGAACUGGUAGAAGCAUAUGUUAAAGGAGAUUUUCAAACACUAAAGUUAUGGCUAAGCGAAGCAUCUUAUCAAAUAUGGCUUAUUACAGCAAAAGAAUAUAUUUCACAGGGAUUAAUUUCUGAUGGGAAAGUAUUAGAUAUUCGUGGAGUUGACGUUGUUUCAUAUCGCGUUCUUUCACCUAAUGACAUACCAUGUCUUGUCAUUUCUUUUCGAGCACAAGAAAUUCAUCUUUAUAAAAACGCAAAAACUAAAGAACUGGUUGCUGGAAAUGAGGAUUUUAUUCAAGAAGUCACCUAUACUACUGCUUUUACUAAGUUUCCAGAUGAAGUUUUAAAUAAUGAAACUAGAGGAUGGAAAAUCAUUGAUUUCAUUCGAACAAAAACGAGAGAUAUACUAUGA